AUGACGAGUCGGAACGCUGAAGUUCAGAAUCUUCCGGAUGAGCUGCUCGCAGAGAUCCUGCUUUAUCUAGAUUGCCGGAGCGUACUCCGUUGUUCACAAACAUGCCGCAGAUUUCAUGCCAUCGUGACCGGCUCACAAGGCUUACAGUAUAUUGUUGAGCUGAGCCUUACCGGCACCCUUGACGGAUCGCCGGAUUGUCCACAGUCCACCGCCGAGCGUCUCCAAUUGCUUCGCGCACGAAAGAGGAGGCGCAGAGAGUUCCUACCGGAGCCGGCUUUGAGCUUCAGCAUAUACUGUCCGGACGAGGACUACGUUUACGACUUUGUGGAUGGAAUAUUCGCAGUCCAGUACUUUGAAGAUGCCACAGGCAGCGAUCUCUCGCACCUCUUGGCAUACGACCUUUCUUCGACCGGUGCUGGUCGCUUGCUCUUCCACACGCAGUUGAAUUUCGCUCUGGUAGACUUCUCCAUCGAUCCGUCACGCAACUUGAUAGUUUGCGCAGAGGUCGUGCGAGAUCACGCCGCCGACGCGCAAGGCCCCGAAGUGCGCGUCCACCUACUCUCUUUGGACUCUGGUGGGAGGGAAUCGAGCCCAGAAGCUAGCAAGGGCACUCUGGAAGUUACGGACCUCGCACUUUUGAAUGCGGACGACAUAUUCCUCACAGUUGCUGGCGAUAUGGUCGCCUACUUUUCUCAGAGUGCGUUGUAUGUAUGGAGGUGGACGACGGGCACAACUCUGAUUCACUGGGAACUCUCGACGCUUGACGAGUGGUACAACACAUUCACAUUUGUCUCCCCCACCUCUUUUGUGGUCACCGAGUCAGGGAUUGGAUGCGGGGCUUUACAUCUGUAUGCGUUGCCUUCGGACGACACGAUGCCUACCAGCAUCUCGCCUGAAGAUGAAGAACACGCUCAAUUGUGCCUCCCUGAGCUUCCUACUCACGCCGCAAUUUUGUCUGUGCACACGGGACCGUUCAGCACACCCAGAACCACAUUCAUACCCUCUGGCUCUGUGCUUUUGCUAUUCGUUACAGCAACCAACGAGGGGGUUGAGGAUGGUCAGAUCGAUACAGAACUGAUAUAUGUCAUCAGCCUGAAUACAUUAUUGAAGAGGUGUCUACGUGACCAGUCGCUUACUUCUGCUUCCUCAGGGCAGACUGUACAGAAGUACAGGUGGAGUGAAUGGGGGCCUGAAAACUCCCGUCUUCUUCCUUACGUCUCUGACUCUCUGUUCGCCGCACGUGGCUCACACGGCUCCAGGGUGCUGAUGGCUGUGCAUAAAGACGACGAUCGUGAUCAGGACAUGGUUUAUGCUUACUUCGAUUUCGCCGACUCACGCGACCGCGCGUUCUUGGAUGCUCGUCAAAAAGAUAUGGCCCCCUCGGGCCCUUCGGCGCGUUUGUCCGAGAUGCGCACUCGGUCCAAUAGGGAGCUUUUCGGAGCUCGCGGCCUAUUCGAGGAGCCGACAUCUACGGCUUUGCCUUACUACACGACUGAGACGAACUGGGUACAUGGAGACGAUGAAGAGAUUCUUCUCGGCGACGAGCGAUUCGUAAAGAAGACGAACCUUGUGAGAGAACACAAGAUACGAUUGGACGUGUAUGACUUUUGA